UCUCUCUCUCUCUCUCUCUCUCUCUCUCUCUCUCUCAUCUACUUUAAAGACAGUACUCAACUUUAAAGACAGUCUCUCUUAAGUCUCUUUCCAUCACGACCAAGCUGAGAAAGAGAAAGCAAUAAAGAGAAAAAGAAGAAGAAGAUAAAGCUUCAAUACCAAAUUUCUUUAAUAAAUCUGGCCUCUGGGCUUUCUCCUUAUUAAGUAAUUUGUAUUUCUUAGAAUGUCUUUGACAAUGGAUGAUGGUGCAGAAGCACCAAGGGGAAGAAGAAUAAGAAGAAACAGCUUAUUAAGUAAACAACUUGCUGUAGCUGUAAAAAGUGUUCGGUGGAGCUACGCAAUCUUCUGGUCCUCUUCACCAACUCAAUCUGGGGUUUUGGAGUGGGGAGAAGGAUGUUACAAUGGAGAACUGAAGAAGAGGAAGAAGAGAUACGAAGUUCAUUAUAAACAUGUGUUGCAGAGAAGCAACCAACUUAGGAAACUUUAUCUGUGUAUGCGUGAAGGAGACAGUACUAAUACUAUUAGUACUACUGAUGAUGAUGAUGGUUAUCACAAUUGUAACAGUAAAACAAGUAUGCUGCUGUCACCAGAUGACCUCUCAGAUGAAGAGUGGUACUAUGUAGUCUCCAUGUCCUAUGUCUUCUCUCCUUCUCAAUGUUUGCCAGGAAGAGCUUUGGCCACGGGUGAGACCAUAUGGCUUUGCAACGCUCAGUACGCGGAUAGCAAACUCUUCUCUCGUUCUUUGUUAGCAAGAAGCGCAUCAAUUCAGACUGUUGUGUGUUUCCCUUACUUGGGCGGUGUGAUUGAGCUUGGCGUCACAGAAUUGAUUUCAGAAGAUCCUAGUCUACUUCGACACAUCAAAUCUUGCUUGUUGGAGACUUCGAAACCUGAUUGCCCUUCUAAUGACUUCACUGCUCCCCAAGACAAUGAUGAUGAUAAGAAGAAUCAAAUGAAAAUUAAAAUAAGUGAAGUAAACUCGGCACUCCAAGAAAACCAACAGAUUCAGUUUGGUAUUUCUGAUCUCAUGUUGGAUGAAGACUUGCAUUACAAGACAACUGUCUCAACACUACUCAAAUACGCUGCUGAUAAAUCAAAGAUGAAGAACAGUCAUCAUCGUCAACCCGUACUUGUUUCUUCUAAUUCUGGCUCAAGUUUCUUGCGGUGGAAGCAACCAAACUCAAAUCCUCUUCUGAAACAUAGCAAUUCACAGAACGUGCUGCGGAAGAUAUUGCAUGACGUACCUUUAAUGCACUCCAUAGACACAAAGAGAAUGUCCACAAAUAAGAUGUUUGGUCUGAAUCAAGAUGAUCCUUCGGUUAAAAGAAAAGAGAACGAAAAGUUCAGCGUCCUUAGAGCUAUGGUUCCCACUGUCAACGAGGUUGAUAAAGAAGAGAUACUGAACAACACAAUCAAGUACUUGCAAGAACUAGAGGAACGAGUAGAAGAGCUAGAAUCUUGUAUGGGAUCUGUUAACUUCGUAGGGAAACAAAGAAAGACGAAAAAGAGCCUUAACGACUCUGUGUUAAUCGAAGAGACAUCAGGGAACUAUGAUGACAGCACCAAUAUCGAUGGAAACUCAGGAGAAACCGACCAAGUCACUGUAUUGAGAGAUGAGACACAUUUGAGAGUUAAACUGAAAGAAACAGAAGUUGUGAUGGAAGUAAGAUGUUCUUACAGAGACUACAUAGUUGCGGACAUCAUGGAGACUCUGAGCAAACUUCACAUGGAUGCUUUCUCUGUUAGAUCUCAUACACUUAAUGGGUUCCUCACACUUAAUCUCAAGGCAAAGUUGCGUGGGGCUGCGGUUGCCUCAGUAGGGAUGAUUAAGCGAGAGCUGAGGAGAGUAAUUGGAAGGCCUGUGUAUUAUGUGUUAAUACAAUGUGGGACAAAGGAGUACCGAAGCAAAUUGUCAAAAGGUCAUAAUGACAACGCAUUGUGGAACCAAAAGUUUGUAUUCGAUUUCCCAAUGUCUCAAUGGAAGAAGCUGACACAUAUCAAAUUUAAAACCAUGGACAAAGAGCUUUUCAAAGAUGGUGGAUUUGUAGGUGAAACCAUAAUUGAUCUUAAAGGGAUAAUAACCGAAGGAGGUGACAGAGGAUACAUGGAAGUUAAACCAGCUCCAUACAAUGUUGUUCUUGACGAUGAUACUUUUAAAGGCGUCUUAAAACUCGGAUUCAGAUUCACUGCAGCGGAUAAAUUGCGGAGGAAGGCAUGGGAACAGAAGAUAGAGGGCAAAAACAGUGAAGAAGCAAUGAAUUCUACAACUCUGACUCUGAUGAAAGUCCCUUUGUUAAGGUUUCUCCUGUAUUGCUUCCAGAAAACAACCAAAUAUCAACUAAAAGAUAACUAAAAUGAUUAAAAGGGUUAGCAUCAAGACUCUUUUCUUUAUCAAAUCUAUUUUUUUUCUUAGAA